AGGCUCUGUGGUUUAACCCACAGCGCCACCCGCGUCCCUCUUUAACAUGUUACCUGUGGAUUAAAGCUGCCAUAUGUACAUCCCCCUUUAGUUUCUUGAAAUUUGAUUCUUGGCUGUGCAGAAUGAUGGAAGACAUCAGUGGUGCGUGCUUUACUGACACACAAACUGCAGUUCCUCUUGUGGAAACGGAGAGUGCAACUGAAAAUCUAACAAAUGAAGAUGUGGGAGAAGAAAACAACACGGCGAACACUUCAGAUACUUCCAGCAUAUAUAGAUAUAUUAAAGAUGGCUUGUUUACGUCAGAGAUCUAUAAAGUAGAAAUUCAAAACCUCCCCAAAUAUAUUGGUUUUAACGAAGUAAAGAAGUUCCUUGCCAAAUAUGGCCUUAUCCCUCACAAGAUAAAACUGUUUGCGAGGCAGACUUUUGCAUUUGUCACCUUUAAGAGUGAGGAGGGCAGGGACAGAGCUAUGAAGGUCCUUCAUGGGGCCCAGUGGAAGAACCGGAACUUAACUGUGAAACUUGCAAAACCAAAGGCUGAUCCCAUCAUAAAGAAGAGGAAAAGAGAAGAGGAGGGGGGAGAGGAGAUGAAAGAGCAGACAGCAGCAAAGUGUUUGGCUUCAAAUAACGGCAAAGAAGAGCCUCUGAGUAAGCAGAUAGCAGAUGUGGUGACCCCUUUGUGGAAUAUCCCAUAUGAGGAGCAGCUGGCAAGGAAGAAGGAAGAAUGUGAGCAAGUGCUGCUGAAACUGACAAGGGACAUAGGGAACAACAACCGAGCUCUUCUACCAUGGCUUUUCAUGCAGAAGGAGAAGUGCAAUGGCCUGUGUUGCUCCCUGGAAGGAGUGAAAGCAUCACCAUUACAGACUGAGUACCGCAACAAAUGUGAAUUUUUGAUCGGCAUAGGCCCGAAUCAAGAAGAUAAAACCGUGGGGUUUCGCCUUGGCAAAUACAAGGGUGGAACAUGUGCUGUAGUAGAACCAUUUGACACCAUUCACAUUCCUGCUGUAACCAAAAAGGUAGCAAAGGCUUUUCAAGAUUACAUAAGGUCUACAUCCUAUGGUGUCUACAGCCCAGAAACCUACAAAGGUCACUGGAAACAGCUAACAGUUCGCACUAGUAGAAAUGGCCACAUCAUGGCAAUUGCUUAUUUUAAUCCACAGAAACUAAAUGAAAAAGAGCUUGCAGAACUGCAAACUUCUAUGGCUAAGUACUUCACAGAAGGCACUGGAAAGGACAGUGGAAUAACUUCUCUCUACUUUGUGCAGGAAGGUCAAAGAAAAUCACCCAAUCGUGAAGAUUUGACCUUGGAGCAUGUUGCUGGUGACAAGUACAUAUAUGAAGAUCUUCUUGGGCUAAAGUUCCGGAUUUCUCCCCAUGCUUUUUUCCAAGUAAACACACAGGCUGCUGAGGUUCUGUAUUCAGUUAUCCAGGAAUGGACCCAGGUGAACGAGGAGACGACUGUGAUGGAUAUUUGCUGUGGAACUGGAUCAAUUGGUAUUUCGCUUGCCAAGAAAGUGAAGAAAGUUAUUGGAAUUGAACUUUGUCAAGAAGCUAUUGAAGAUGCCAAAGUGAAUGCUCAGCUUAAUGAGCUGAAUAAUGUUGAAUUCCACUGUGGAAAGGCUGAAGAUCUUGUUCCUUACCUCGUUAACUUCCUGGAACUGCAGAAUUCUAUUACAAUUGUAGAUCCUCCUCGAGCAGGGCUGCAUUCCAAAGUAAUUGUUGCAAUCCGAAAAGCAGAACACAUAAAGAAGCUUAUUUAUGUAGCCUGCAAUCCUCGAGCUGCCAUGAACAACUUUCUGGACCUUUGUCGAGCUCCUUCGAAUCGUGUCAAAGGAAGCCCUUUUCGUCCUGUCAAAGCAAUAGCCGUGGACCUCUUCCCUCACACUAUGCAUUGCGAGCUGCUGUUCUUCUUCGAAAGAGUUCAGCAUUCAAGUGACAAGCCUUCUGAAGCAGUCCAGAACUCAACUGAAAUUCCAGAAUUGAAAUUGGAAACAGCAGGUUCUACAGAAGAAGGCAAUGCAAACCUGCCUAAAGAAGAGGAAACCCCUGACUGUUCCAGCAAUUGAUAUUUAUGCCAAUUGGCUAGGCUGUGCCUAUUUUCAUUCUUAAAAUUCAAAACAGCUGCUGUCCUGUUUAAGAAAAUUGGAACAUUGGUUGCUGGGACUUCAGAAUAGUGGUCAGUUAUCAAAACUACUUGUACAAUGCAAU